AUGGCGCUCCCCGCUCUUUCCUUCCAGCCCUCCACCCUGAUGGGCUUAAAAGCCGCCGACUCCGCCUCCGGAUUCCCCGACUGGGUCUUCCUCUGCGAGGAGCCGCGUUUCUCGGAGCGCCGGAACGAGACCACCGCCAAGUGCCGGACCAGCGAGGGCCAAGCCGUGGAGGUGUCCUUCUGGCUCGUCGACCCGCCGGGCGUCUCCUACUUCACCUUCAACUGCCCCGGCCUCGACCCCUCUGUCUUCCACGAGAAGGAGCCGCCCUCCCUCGUCUGCGCCGCGGCCGCCUUCGUCGUCUUCUGCCUCUCAUUCAGGGGCUCCAUCCACCACUUCGUCUACAGAGCCGCCCCCGCAGGGAAGCAGUGGCUGCAACCGCUCCCGGACCGGGACCGGGACCCCAGCUCCACGGUCUUCAGGAGAACGGGGUUCGGCCUCUUGCCCUGCGCCGACGGCGAGCACUACGCCGUGACCUACAUCGACCAACAUUGUCUUGGCAAAGAUUCUGAUUGGUGGUUCCAUGCGCACGUCUUCUCGUCUGAAACUCGGGCGUGGAGCAGCCACAGGCUGUCGUUGCGGCACUUAUCCAAGUCUGAGAGGCUCAUGUGUUGUCGUCAUGGCUUGUCACGGCAGAUCGCUGUAGCAGGCUCACUGGGCUGGGUUAAUCUCAUGAGUGGUAUCGUCCUUCUUUGCAACCUGUUGGACGGGAAUCCUGUCAUCAAAUUUAUCCCGUUCCCUGAAUCAAGGGUUAGCUUUCUCGACGAGGAUGGCCACCCUGAGCUCGCCCCUCAGUAUUAUUGCAAUGUUGCCUGCUCCGGCGAUCUCAUCAAAUUCAUCGAGGUAGAAUUUGAUGACCCUGUUGUCAGGACCAGCGGUAUAGGUUGGAGAGCCACUGUGUGGGAGAGGAAGAUCUCCUGGGACAAUUGGGAGAUCCGCUCCACUGUCGAUGUUGCUAACAUCUCAGUUGACCAAAGUUUUUCUGCUGUAUUGCCUGGGCUGUGGUGUGAUGAGACCCAAAAACUGGACUUGAAGAAACUGAUUUUCUAUACUCCGCUGCCGAGCAGGCGUGAUGACGAUCUUUUUUACAUGGUGGCUAAGGUGAAUGCUGACGACGAGACUGCCUGGGCCAUUGCAGUUGACAUGGAAAGGGCAGCUGUGGAAGCAAUGACCCAGUUCUCUCUUGGACGGUACAAGUACCACAUUGCAAUGUACUCUUCAUGCGACUUCCCCAAGUACCUCAACAUGUCCCCAGGGGCAGACAUGGAUAAUCCAGCGGACAAGUGCUCUAAGCGGAUGUCUGUUACCAGGUUGAGUGCAAAGCAGUGUGUGGUGCAAGUGCUGCGGACUCUAGACUGGCUUCAAGAACUUGAUCAAUGCUUGGAAAUUGAGAGGUCAACUGACAACACAUACAGAUUAUUACUUCAGUUUUCUCCAGUAUCAUCUCUGUGUUCCAGUAUCAGACCAAUGGUAAAAUAUGCUUCCUGUAAUGGUCAAGGUGAAGCUGCAUCGAAGGCUGUGGAUUUUUGCCAAAGAGCUUUGGAAGAUUUCGACUUGGCUCUACAUGGAUCACUGAGUGAUCCUUCAGCAUCCGUUGAAGCCAUGCGUAGCAAAAUCAGUGAUGUCAUUCAAGCUUUGGACAACAUCAUGCAAAUUGUGCCAUCAACACUGAUACCGAAAGAAAAGAUGCUUGGAGAUGCCAGCGACCAAAAAAGAUCAAAGGCAACAUCUGAAAAUCAUGAGAAGCCAUUCGAGGCAAAGAAUACAGUUUAUGGGUGGCUGCUACUGAGAUUGAUGUCCUUUCAUCGGGAGUGGUAUCAAGUUCGCAGGAGAUGGAUGAUAGCUAGCCGUGAACAAUGA